AUGAGAAAUCACACAGCAAUAAUAUCUUUUAUCCUGUUGGGGCGGACAGAUGACCCCAAACUGCAAAUCUUGCUUUUUAUCUUUCUAUUUCUCACCUACAUGUUGAGUGUAACAGGAAACCUGAUUAUUAUCACCCUUACAUUGAUAGACUCCCAUCUUAAAACACCUAUGUACUUUUUCCACAGAAAUUUUUCCUUCUUAGAAGUCUCGUUUACCGCUGUCUGCAUCCCUAGAUUCCUGUACAGUAUAUCAACUGGGGACAAUACUGUUACCUACAAUGCUUGUGCAACUCAACUAUUUUUUGUUAUUCUCUUUGGAGCAACAGAAUUUUUUCUCCUGGCAGCCAUGUCCUAUGAUCGGCACGUUGCUAUCUGUAAACCCCUUCGCUACAUGACCAUCAUGAACAAUAGGGUAUGUACCUUAUUAGUUGUCUGCUGUUGGGUGUCUGGCUUGAUGAUCAUUGUGCCACCACUUAGCCUGGGCCUCCAGCUGGAAUUCUGUGACUCCAAUGCCAUUGACCAUUUUAGCUGUUAUGCAGGUCCCCUUCUGAAGAUCUCAUGCUCAAACACCUGGGUAAUAGAACAAAUCGUUAUCCUUGUGGCUGUAUUUGCACUCAUUGUCACCCUAGUGUGUGUGCUUCUGUCCUAUACAUAUAUCAUCAGGACAAUUCUGGGAUUCCCCUCAGUCCUACAAAGAAGAAAGGCCUUUUCUACCUGCUUAUCUCACAUGAUUGUGGUUUCCAUCGCCUAUAGAAGCUGCAUCUUCAUCUAUGUCAAGCCCUCGGCAGAGGACCAGGUGGCCUUAAAUAAAGAUGUUUCAGUGCUCAGUGGUUCUGUUGCCCCCUUGCUGAAUCCCUUCAUUUACACCUUGAGGAAUAAGCAGGUGAAACAACCUUUCAAUGACUCUAUAAAGGGGAUUACAUUUCUCUCAAGGAAAUCAAAGUUUUUAUGA